GCAUUUGUGCGUGUUAAUAAAAUUUUAUUAUUGGCAGCUGUACCCACUUUCUCUCUCCAGUCUCUUCAUCUUCAUGACAACAAAACUUCAACCUGACGAGAAAACUUAAACCCUAAACAUUAGAGAAUAGUGAGAAGGGAGAAAAAGUAGAGAGAAAGGGGAGCGGCAAUAUUGUUAGAUUUCUUCUUUCAACUCACUUCAAUUAGCAAAACUGUAUAACUUCCCUUAAUUUCAGGGGUUAAAUCUUGAAUUGUACGAAAUGUCUGCAAAUAAGAUGGAAGAAGAAGAAGAAGAACAAUCGAAGAUGCUUCCAGAAGAUUUGAUAGUUGAGGUUUUCUUGAGGCUUCCUGCUAAAUCCGUUGGCCGAUUUCGUUGCGUCUCAAAUCGGUGGAAUUAUCUUCUAACCCAACCCCAAUUCGUCAAAUCCCAUCUUAAUCUAACCAAACAACACCCAACAACAGAGGAAUCACUCAUCCUUAUUUCCCAUGAUCCAAUGAACUCAUAUUCUACCCAGUUGAACAAUGACCACCACCUGUUCGACAAAAUGAUUUGUUUUGCUACAAAACUCACUUUUGAGGAUCAUCGCUUUUAUCCAUCAGAUUCGCUGUAUGGUUCUUGUGAUGGGUUAAUCUUAAACCUGGAUUAUAAUCGAAAGAAGUUGUUUCUGAUCAAUCCAACAACACGGGAAAUAAAGGAACUGUCGAGCUUGCCUUAUGCUGUUGAUCAUUUUCUUUGUUUCACCAUGUAUGGACUUGGGUAUGAUUCAAUUAGUGAUGAUUAUAGGGUUAUUAUGAUUUCUCAUUAUGUUCCUGGGAUUAAAUUUUGUUAUAAUGAGAAGUUCUUUAAUGUUUAUUCAGUUGGAAAUGGUACUUGGAAGAGAGUUGACAGUUCACUAUAUCAUCAUACUAUAACUUAUCCUGCAGCAGGCGUUUUUGUUGAUGGCAGUAUCCAUUGGCUGGCUAGAAGAACUGUGGAUGACUCAUACGUUAUUGCAGCAUUUGAUCUUGGGGAAGGGAAAUUUCAUGAAUUGCCACUUCCUAGUUUGGUCGACACUAACAAGUAUGUGUUGGGUGAUUUUGAUGAAGCGUUCGGUAAACUGGUGUCGCUUGGAGGGUAUCUUUGGUUUCUUUGCGGGGUCCCAAAAUUCUUGAGACGCAGGAUCCCAAAAUUCUUGGAUGAAUGUCAAACAAUUGAUGCUUGGAUGAUGAAAGAAUAUGGUGUCCAAGAAUCUUGGACUAAAAUCUUUCUCAAUGAUGAGCCAGACUCAUUGUUUGUAUAAGAAGAAACAAAUUGUAUUGGCAAUGCGUGAGGAAAAUACUAAUGAGAAAUUGACAAUCUACGAUUCAGAAGAUGAAACUUCAAAGGAUAUUGUAGUUGAUGGCAUUUCGGAUAAAUUUGUGGUAGGUGGGAGCUUCAUCGAGACCCUUGUAUCGCCUCAUUGCAGUAAUGAAGCUGUGUGAAAAGUCAGCUUCAUGGACAGCAUUGCAGCUAAGUAGUAUGCACCUAUUGCUUGAUUUUGUAUCUUGUCUUACAUGAUUGUGGAAACAAGGUUGCUGCUUGUAGUGAUAUUUUAGAUUUGUAUGACAUUACUUUUCAAAAUUGCUUAAAUGUUGAUCAGAUCGCUUUGGUUUUCUUCA